AUGGCAGACGCGAGUUCAUUACCCUCCUCACCCGUGGAACGGUCUUCAAGUCCUCUCACCAUGGCAGACGACAGUUCAUUACCAUCCUUACCCAUGGAGCGGUCUUCAAGUCCCUUCACCACGGCAGACGACUGUUUAUUACCCUCCUCACCCGCGGAACGGUCUUCAAGCCCUAUCUCCAUGUCAGACGACAGUUCAUUACCAUCCUCUCUCCUGCCUGAUUGGCUGAUAGAGAGGUACGGGGAAUCCAUUUCUCGGAGAGCCCGGCAGUUCGACCCCAUGAGGCUUCAAAUUGCGGUCGAGAACCUCCCGCGAGAGGAGGAUACGCAAUACAUCGUUGGGCUUAUUCAAAUGUACAAGGAUUCGAAUACAUAUAUUGAGGAUACUAUGCAAGAAGAUGGCGCAUUUGUUGUUGAUUUGAGUACUAUGCCGCAUGGGUUGAGUAUGAAGAUCUGGAAUUAUCUGAUGAAAACACAGCUCAGGAGGGGUAUUAUUGAAUAA